CUCUAACGCGCUUCUUUUAUCAACUCGCGGUUAAAAAAACAAAAAUGGGUUUGGCAAGGACGCCACCAAAGUUGCAAUUCAAGAGAGACGGUAGUUUUGAUCAAGAAGUAGACGAUCACUUGAGAGAUAUCCAGCCAGACAAUCAGUUAGAAAGCCUUCCUGUUGAGAGAGACAUCACUCCUACUACAAAUGAAGACGUUGAAUAUCUCAAGAGACAAGUUAAUAUGCUCUCUACUCGUAAUAAAGAGUUAACACAGUCCAAGUUUGAUUUGCAACUCCUACUUGAGAAUACCUUGAAUGAAGAGAGAAAUGCUAGGAAAUUAGAAUCAGAUGCUAUGAUUGCUCAUAUUAAUAAACAACGCGAUUUACAUAAGACCACAUUAGGAAAGUGGAAGAAUGAAUUGGCUAUACAGACAGCCAAUAGAGAGGAAAUCGAAAGACGAUACCUAGCCACAGAGGAGGAAUUAGACAACACAUUGGACCAACUAGAUAGUCUAAAGGAUAAUGUCUCUAGUUUGGAAGCUAAAAUUUCUGAAAUUGAAACAUCACACAAAAAAGAACUCGAUAAACAUAAGAAAGAUUUCAAAAUACUAGAAGAGAAGCGUAAAAAAGAUGCUGCAGCCUAUGAAGAAAAGAUUGUGACCUUGAAAGACCAAUCGAAUAGAAAGGACCUAGAUAGGAAGAUCCAACGUUAUCAGGCUAAGAUAGACUCCCUAGAAACAGACGUCGACACCCUCAAAGACAAGCUCGAAACCGCGAAAGAAGAUCAAGCCGAACUCGAGCAAGCAGAUGCAACUAUCUCUGACCUCAGAAGAUCCCUCGAGAAAGCUCAAAAGGAGGCUAAAUCCUCAAAAUCAGAUAGAUCACUUGAGAGGAAGUUGAAAUCUGCAGAGAAUGAGUGUGAUCGGUUGAAAGAUGAUUUGAGACAUCUUGAAAAUUCCAUCGAUAGGCGUGUUAGAGAUAAAAUCGAAGAACUAAACGAGGGUUUAGAUGUUAGAACACUUCAAAAGCAACUCAACAAGCAGAAGGACAAAGCUGCUACCAUCCUCGCUGAUCUCAAGGAAGCUGAAAAGUCUCGCAUGCGUGCUGAGAAGGAAAUCAAACUACUCAAGGAAGACACUAGCACUGCUGAUGAAGAACGCGAGAGAGCAGACAGGGCGGAAAGGAAAGUGAAGAAGCUCGAGCAGCAAUUGCAAGAAGCUACUAGAAGGAAGGACGACAGUGACGACGAACCAGUCAGACCUAAGUUAUCUAAGAAGCCAACAAAGUCAAGUAUAAUUGAAUCAGAUGACGAUAUCGAAGAAGAGCGACCAUCAAAGUCGUCCAAACUUGCCCAAAGAAAGAAACGCAGGUCGGAGACCGAUGACGAGGAGAUUGAGCCUCCAAAAGCGAAGCGUCCAACCAAGGAUGCAUCCAGUAAGGAGAGCAAACGCGCUCCUAGAGAAAGAGAGAGAGAAAGAGAAGAACCACCAAAGAAAAGCAAAAAGAAACUUAAUAUCUUCGGUGGUGAUCCUGCUAUGCCACAAAAGUCCGGCGCUGAUAAUGGCGUAUUCGGUUUGCCUGAUAUACUCUCACCUGUUAAAUCCAAGUCUGCAGCUGCAAAACCUGCAAUAGGUAGGGGACCUUUUGCUUAAAUAAUGGAACCUAAUAUAAUUAAUCUCUGUAUAUGUUGUUCAGUUAGUGUACUCUUAUAAUGUAUAAAUAUAAUUCGCG